GUUGGUGGGCUGAACUGGCGCAACCCAAUGUAGAUUAUCUUCUACAUAUAUAAAAUGCAAAGACUUUUCGGCUUGAGUUGACUCCAGAGUACAACUCAUUUUUCUUUCCUAAAUCAGUGAAAUCUUGUGCAUAGCUAGCUUGUAUUGUUUCCUGUCCCAAUUACAUCAAAACAAAAACAUGUAUGUUUCAAGAUUAUCAGAUAUUCUCAUAACUCUCUGCUUGUUCUGGCAAAUUCUGAUCACUCUUGCCAGCAACAAUUCUGCUAAUUAUUCCUCGCCUGCCAGUAUUGCCAUUUCUUGUGGUUCUUCCGGCAAGUUGACUGCACCGGAUGGACGAGUUUGGAUUGGAGAUUCCGGUUACGAAUCUUCAUUUUCACCGCAAAUUAAUGGAAAACCUUCCAAGUCAAGAGCCAUCCACCAACUGGAUUCUGUACCGUAUAAGACUGCUCGAGUAUCUCACCGUGAGUUUAGUUAUGUUUUCCCUGUUGAGCCGGGACAGAAAUUCGUCCGUCUGCACUUCUAUCAAGGUUCAUACAAGGGGUUCAAAAGUUCUAAAGCUUUGUUCACUGUCAAAGCUGGGCCUUACACACUCCUCAGCAACUUCACCGCAGCUGAUGUUUUGGGUUCAAAGCAGAUGAUCAGGGAGUACUGUGUUAAUAUAGAUAAUGGUGGAUCAUUGACAAUAACAUUCUCACCGGCUCCGAGAAAAAGGAGAUCAGACAACUUCUAUGCCUUUGUCAAUGGUAUUGAGGUGGUCUACAUGCCGACCAGUCUUUACUUCACUCCAGAAGGGGAACUAGGUGCCCCUGUUGUCGGCCAGAAGUACAGAUUCUACAUAGAUAACAGCACAGCUCUCGAGCUCGUUCAACGGCUAAAUGUUGGUGGAACCUCCAUUUUACCUGCUGAAGAUUCAAGCAUGUUCCGCAGAUGGGACCAAGACUCUGACUACUUGUUGGAAACUGGUGAUGAUCCAGCCAAUAAUGUAGUUACAAUGGCAUAUACAGGCACAUCAACAUGCAUUGCUCCAAACAAAGUUUAUCAAACAGCAAGGACUAUUUAUGCAGACACUAAACUGAGUGCAAAUAAUCUCACAUGGAAAAUACCAGUGGACUUGGGUUUUAGGUACCUGAUUAGGCUCCAUUGUUACAAGUUUCAACCAAAGAUAGCAGAGGCAGGCAAAAAAGAGUUCUCUGUUGUCAUAAACAAUCAGAUUGCUGAAGAUAAUGCUGAUGUUAUUCAAUGGGGCGGAACAAAUGGAGUUGCAGUUUACAGGGACUAUAUUGUGAUGAUGGAGGGAGAUAAAAUGGUGGGGAAGCGCCACCUUACCAUAACGUUCCAGCUGAACUUUGAGUCAAGAGAUAAACACUUCCAUGGCUCCCUGAAUGGUUUAGAAGUGUUCAAGUUGAGCAACCCAGACAACAAUCUAGCAGGUAGCUGGUCAGUCCCAGAGUUGCGGAGUCCAACAUCAACACCACGGCAAAAGAAACCAUCGUCUGUUUACACCACCGAUUUGAUUGCCACUGUGCUGAUAGGUACACUAACCUUGUUGAAUAUUGCUGUUUAUUACCUUAGAAGAGUUUCAGACUCAAAUUCUGGAUUGACCAAUAUAAGAUCAUCAUCAUCGGAGCAUCGAUGCCGUCAGUUUUCAAUUGAUGAAAUCCGAACAUCAACCAACAAUUUCGACCCUCGGUUUCAUAUUGGCAGCGGAGGAUAUGGCAGAGUCUAUAAAGGGAGCAUUGACAGGGGAGCUACAUUUGUUGCAAUCAAGCGAUUGAAAUCAGAGUCCAGACAAGGGGAGACUGAGUUUUGGACAGAGAUCAAGAUGCUAUCCAAGCUCAGGCACCAGCAUCUCGUCUCUCUGAUUGGAUACUGCAAUGACGGUCAAGAGAGGCUGUUAGUUUACCAGUACAUGCCCCGAGGAACACUUGCCGAUCAUCUUUACAAAACAAACAGACAUGGGAAGUCCAAUCCUCCUCUCCCUUGGGAACUGCGGCUCAAGGUCUCAAUUGGUGCCGCACGUGGCUUGUACUACCUUCACUCACGGCACAGGGCCAUUCAUAGAGAUGUGAAAAGCUCAAACAUUUUGCUGGAUGAGAAUUGGGUUGCCAAGAUUUCAGAUUUUGGAUUAUCCAAAAUGGGACCAGCAAAUGAUUCAUUCACACAUAUUAGUACCAAUGUCAGAGGCACAUUUGGAUACUUAGAUCCAGAAUACUUUUUGACGCGUAAAUUGACGAGAAAAUCCGAUGUGUAUUCUUUCGGGGUGGUUCUGUUCGAAGUGCUCUCAGGAAGACCAGCAGUGGACAUAAGACUUGAGGAGGAGCAACACAGCCUAGCUGGAUAUGCACGGUAUUGCAUUAGAGAGGGAAAAGUGGACCGACUUAUUGACCAGAACCUGAUGGGACAGAUCUCAUCAGCUUGUUUAAAAGUGUUUGUAGGAAUUGCAGGUAGAUGCUUGCACACUCAACCACAGGGAAGACCUGCAAUGGCUGAUGUAGUGAUGGGCCUUGAGUUAGCAUUGGCACUACAGCAGACCUCGGAUCCAGACAAACAGGUUGAGGAAGAGGAGAAUGCUGGACGAACUCACAGUGAUCAAAGCGAUGGGGUUAUUUCUAUUGAUGACAUGAGUAUAACUCCUCCAGAAGGAGAAUCAGAUAGAAUGAUGAGUGGAGAUAAUCCCAGCUCAGGCACGAGAAACAGAGGCAGUGAUCAGAAGAAUGCAAAAACAAAGGCAAAGGACAACAGUUCCAACAGAAAUCCAUCAACAAGAUGGUGGUGGGAUGCAUUUGGGAUUUUACCAAGAGCACCAUCAAAGUCGAAAGCUUCACCACUGCCCCCACAAGUAAUUAUCCAUCAGUUCUCUCUCGAGGAGAUACAGAAAGCCACAAACAACUUCCAUAACAGUCUCAUCAUUGGAUUUGGAGGAUCGGACACCGUCUACAAAGGAUAUAUAGAUGGUGGUCAAAAAGUUGUAGCAAUCCGAUGGUCAAGAACUACAGAGGCCAGACUCUGCAUGGCUCAUGAGUUGCAAUCAAAGAAAGAGAUUCAAAUGAAAUCUUCAUCUGCUCAAAAUCAUGUGGCCUCUCUAAUUGGGUAUUCUGAGACUGAAUCAGAUAUGAUUCUUGUAUAUGAUUACAUGACAAAUGGGACGCUCCAUGAUCAUCUUCACGAACCUUAUGGGGAUCCCCUUCCAUGGAAGCGGAGACUUCAAAUCUGCAUCGGUGCUGCUCAGGGGCUAAGCCACAUUCAUUCCAUUGUCAAACAGACAAUGCUUCACCGUGAAUUAAAGUCAACCAACAUUUGGUUAGACGAGAACUGGAUUCCCAAGGUUUCAGAAUGGGGUUUAUCCAAAAAGAAAGGAAACAGUCGACUGCCGACAAUUGUCAGGGGAAACUGGGGAUAUUUGGACUCAGACUACAUACGUGGAGAACAAUUAACAGAGAAGUCCUAUGUCUACUCUUUUGGCCUUGUUUUGUUCGAAGUGCUAUUUGCUGAAAAAGAAUCAGAUCGGUGGUCUGAAGAGGAUCAAGUGAGCCUAGCCUAUUGGAUUAAGUCAUGCAUGAGAGGUAACCUUGCUGGUUGUAUCGACCCAUUUCUCGUCGGAAGAAUAUCACCAGAUAGUCUUAAAACAUUCGUAGAGACUGCAGGAAGGUGUUUGCUUGAUCAUGGGACCGACCGGCCGUCAAUAGUUGAUAUAGUGACAAGACUUGAGGUUGCAUUAAAGCAGCAGGAAGCCGCAGAAGGUAAUAAAGGUCCUCAACUCAUGAGGAGCUGAAUACAGAUAGUAGAUAUUUGGCCAGACAGGAAGAGUCAUGUAAUAUCUAGAUUGCAUCGCUGUUGGUCCUUGAGAUAGCCUCGUACCAAAUUUUUUCGCAUUCUGAAGUAGCACACAAGUUCAUGCACUAGUACAGGGAAACAUUAAGUUGUAAUUAGCAGAAUUGCCUUCUGAAACUUCAAAUUAUCUGGAUUAAUACAGAAAAGGUCUAUAUACAAAUGCGUGGACCUCCUUAAACCUCA